CUUGCUGAAGGCAGCUUGACAGUAGUGAUUCAGAUGCAGUAAUUUAAUAUUUCACUGUUUGAAUAUGCAUUUAAUGUAUUGCUCAAGGGAACAUGUUGCAGUGUUGAAUUCAGCUCAAUUCAAUUUUAUUUAUAUUACCAGACAACAGACAUUAUCUCUGGGCAUAUGUUGAGGAUUUCACAGAUCACAUGACUUGAAGUGCAAAAAUCUUCUGAAAGUCUCAUCUUUCCUGAUCUGAAUAUCAAGAACACACACCCCCAACCUUGGUUGCCCUGGAUGAUUUGAGAGACUCCCUUUUAAAUGGAUAAAUGCAAGCAAGCCUCAGUUACGCAUCACAAACACAAUGAAAGCUUAUAUUUCAUGAAAAAUUAAGUUUCCUUUUACGCAACCUGUAUUGAUCUCCUGUGAAGACAGGGAUAGAGGGCGGAUAUGGGAGAUUUCCGCCAGUCUGGUUUCACCUCCACCCCUCAGGUGGAGCCUCUCUAGACGGGAUGUAACCGGAGCAAAUCUCCUUAGCAUUGCAUUGAACGUUUUUCAGAGGCAUCUUGGUUGCAGACUCGUUUCAUCCAGAAACAAACUGCCUACAUUUUUACAGCAAUCCCUAACAGCCUCGUUACUGUUAACAGGCUUAAAUUUACUGCCAGCACAUCACUGCUGCGCUGCGUUGUCAGGUGUGCGCUGAAGGGGACGUGGUGGCAUCUGAUGUUGACGCCUCUUCACUCUCGCACCUGCUCGGGAAGGAGGACAGAGGAGGAGGAGAAUUAAGUGUUACGUCCGACGAACAGCUUUCUAAUCUCUGAUGUCUUGGAUUACUCCUGUGAUGCACUGGACGUGAACCCUGUCCGGGGUUUUUGGCCAGUGUUUUACGCUCAAUGGGCACAAUCUUUUUGCGGGCUCAUAUUUUCGACCUGGCAUUUGCAUGGUGGAUUAAACACUCACAUUAGUUUUAGCCUAGUUGUAUAUUUGUGCUAUCUGAACAAUUGUGGAUUAUUAAAGGACUCGCAUUAUGCUAAACGAUGAUGACCAUUUGGUCACUGAAGCGCGCAGCCGGAUUUUGGAUUAAGAGCCAGAGACUUUCCACCGCUCUAGUACCAAUCACCUGUUUAUUCUCCUGAGACACUUUGACCUGUUUCCCAACUAUUGACGCGCUGGGAUGGAGAGUGAGCUGAGACCCAGGGUCUGUUACCUGACCAAAGGAGAGCGCGGCUAUGGGUUUCACCUGCACGGUGAGCGGAAUAAAGGCGGUCAGUUCAUCCGCAAAGUGGAGCCCGGCUCCUCGGCUGACCUGGCGGGGCUGCGACCUGGAGACCGGGUGGUGGAGGUGAACGGGGAGAAUGUGGAGAACGAAACCCACCAUCAAGUGGUGAAUCGUAUCCGUGAGGUGGCUCACCGCACUAGGCUGCUGGUGGUGGACAGAGACACUGAUGACCACUUCCGUAGACAUGGCCUGGCCUGCACCGAGGACCUGGCCAUUGAGAUGGGAACACUUUCUCCACGCCCCUCACCCAAACCUGCCCCUUGUACCUCUCCCUUACCCAAAAAGACCCUGUCACCAAAACCCAACCACACACACUCAUUUCACCGUCCUGCUGCAGGCUCACCCACACAAACUAUCACACAAGGCAAGGCCAAGAGAUCCUCAGAGACAUCAAGUACCGCGACAGACACAGAGGCGCAGCUCUCACCGGAGCCAACAGCUGAGCUCCUUCCACGUCUGUGUCACCUGGUGAAGGGGGAGAAGGGCUAUGGCUUCAACCUACACAGCGAUAAGACAAAGGGUGGACAGUUUGUGCGUUCAGUGGACCCUGGCUCAGCUGCUGAGAGUGCAGACAUCAGGCUUGGAGACAGACUAGUGGAGGUGAAUGGAGUGAACAUAGAGGGCCUGAGGCACUCAGAGGUGGUUGCACUAAUUAGAGCAGGAGGGGAGGAAGUGCGCCUACUAGUGGUCGAUCAGGAGACAGACGAGCUCUUCCAUACCCUGGGCAUCACACCCGCCACCAGCCAUGACAAAGAGGUCUAUGUGGAAGAAUCAGCCACAGAAAGCGCAUCACCCACGCCCUCUCCGACCUCUGAACUCCCUGCCACAGGUCCACCAAUCAUAAACGUCACACUGACAGACUCCCCAAACACAGACAAGACUCCAAAAUCCCGGGCCAACAGGAGCUCAGCAUCCUCAAGAAGUUCUACCACCCAAUCAGAGAUCAGCAGCUCGGUCCCCGAUGAGAAUGACAGGCGUGUUUCGGACCCUUUCAUUGACAGUGGCCUGAGACUGAGUCCCACAGCUGCUGAGGCUAAACAAAAGGCCCUCGCCAACCGCAACAAAAAGAGAGCACCUCCUAUGGACUGGAGCAAGAGACAAGAGAUCUUCAGCAAUUUCUGACCCCUUGUACCUUGAAUUUGUACUGUGCUUGAGUGCAAAUUUGAGUUUCUCCAGUAUAGUAGCCUACUAGUAUUUACUUUUUACUCCACUACAUUUGUCUGAUAGUACCUUUUCAAACCAUGUAUCUCCAAAUUUGAUCAUUUUUUAUUCUUUUGAUCAAUUGAAGCAUUAAAGGACCAGUGUGUAGGAUUUAGUGGCAUCUAGCAGUGAGGUUGCAGAUACUAAUGGACUGAAGACUCCUUGCCACAGAGUCCCCUUCCUAGCAUGUGGAAGAGAACCCGCUCAAUCUCUUCUUCUAAGGCUUAUUGUAAGUCACCCAAGUCAAAACAACCAAUCAGAGCCAGGAUAAUAGUAAAACACAGACAGGUACCAUUUUACUGCCUAAUGAGUAAUUUUACUUUUGAUGCUUUAAGUAAAUUUUGCUGAUAAUACUUACAUACCUUUAAAGUAAGAUUUUGAAAGCAGGACUUUUACUUGUAGUAGAGUAUUUUCACAAUGUGGUAUGAUACUUUUAAGAAAGUUAAAGGAUCUGAAUACUUCGUUCCCCACUGCCAGAAUGCAAAGAGAAAAAUAUAUAUUAUGAUAAUAAUAUGAUUCUUCACUGCUCAUAUUAUUAUCUCAAGUACUGGUCCAAUCCAAGGAAAAAGAGGCAGGUAGUGACAUUAGUAGUAAUACAAUUAAAUUCUGUUCUGUGUCCACUAUAAGAUAUCAAAUAGUAUUAUCUAUAGAUGCUUACUUUACAGUAUCUAUAAGGAUGGACAACAUUCUGUGGAUGUGUCAGAAAUCUUCCAACACACUGCAUUAAACAAUGGCAUUAAUGACUGGCAGACCUUCUACUGAGAGACUUAUUCAUGCAAAUGGUGCCUGGUCAGUACACAAAGUUUCUCUUUAUUAAAUCAUAAUUCUGAGCCAUGAGUAGCGACUCAUAUAACAGCAUAUAUGCACUAUGUUUGUUUUUGCUGCAGAUACGCUUUUCUGUUGUAGUUUUUAAAUAGUUUUAUGUCUUUCAAUUUACAGUGAGCAGAUCAGAUGUUAAAAGGACAGAUGCUGAUCUCUUGUAGCUUUUUAAGGAAUUUUCUCCAAAAUGUGCUUGCCUGAAACUUCCCAAAAUGUGAAAUAAACUUUCAG